AUGCUCCUCUUUUUAUUCCAGGUGAGAAACCCUACCAGUGUUCGUGGCCCAGCUGCACUUGGAAGUUCGCCAGAUCGGACGAACUGA